ACCUUGCCUUCCCCGCAUUCCCAACCUCAUCUUCCAACCCUCGCUCCCUCCUCUUUGCCGCAUACCUCUGGCCUGAUGAAGCGGCUGCGCUCGCCAGACGCUGCGCGUGCCAGCGGCUCAGCAUCGCCACAGCCGCCGCAGCCGCCGCAGCCCUACGGCGCUGCGUCGCACGAUGCCGGCCCUUCCAUGUACGGCGUGGAUGCGGCACACAGCAUGGCCAUCGAGGCGCUCGCUCACCAGCACGGCCGGAGCGACGCCGACGCCGACGCGGGCCGCGCCAAGAAGAAGAAGAAGGCUGUCUCCUGCCAGUCCUGCCGGCGACGGAAGCUGAAGUGCGACCGCGGCUGGCCGUGCGGAGCAUGCAAGGACCGCGGCGAGGCAGAGCUGUGCGAGUGGGAGGGUGGCACCCGUCCGCAGGCGACGAGCGGGCGUGAUGCGCUACACGCUGCUCCCGCCGUGCUCUCACGGCUCGACCACAUCGAGGGCCAGCUGUCCCUCAUUGUGUCGCAUCUAGGGCUGAGCAGCCAGGCCGGGUCGCAGGCGCGGGACGCGGGGCCUCAGUCGCUCUUCGCGCUCUCAGCGUCGCCGCCAGACCGUCUGCAUGUACUCGAGCAGAGUCUGACUCUGCUGCCGCUGCCCGAGUCGCUGCGCAAGCUGGCCCAGUACUUCCUCGAGAACUUUGCGUGGUGCAUCUUCGAGCUGAGUGUCGUCGACUGGUGGCAUGUGCGCCUGCCGCGCAUCGAGGAGCUGCGCCGGUCGCUACAGGACGAUAGCCACGCUGGCCAGCCAAGCGUGCUGCACCGCAUGUCCCGCGAGGACGUGGACCAGGCCUUGCGCGACACGGCCCUGGCUCUGGCCAUCGUCGGAAUUGCUGUUCUGUUUGUGCCGGAGCGCAGCGUCGCGCUGGCAGGUCUGCCUCGUGGGGCAGAUAGCACCUCGCGCCACGGUGUGUUGGAUGGCCAAUCAGCCUCUGCUCGGCGCUCAUGCUCCUCCCGCCACUUCAGUCUUCUUCUUCGAAGCCGCGCAGGCUGCUAUCGACGCGACGCUUCCGUUGGAUCUACCCAGCUUCGAGGCGCUGCAGAUCUCUAUGCUCCAGCUCUUCGGCCUCAUCACGAGCUGCGGCGUGCACUGGGGUGGCAUUGGGCUGCAGCUAGCGGCGGUCACGCACAUGAUGUAUGCCCUCGGCCUGGAUCGGGAGCCGACCAUCGACACGCCGCACGCCGAGGCCUCAAUGCGCAUCGCCUUCUUCACGCAAAUAUGCAUCUGGACCUGGCAAAACGGACAGUGGCUGGGAAGCCGCGUGCUGCUGCGCGAAGAGCCGAUCAAGCAUCCCUAUCUCUUCGGCGAGCCUGGCUCGUCGCCGUGGCACGAUCUCGUGCAGGAGCACGGCGAGCUCAUCUCGAUUGAGAAUAAGUCCCGCCUGCGCGCAGCCUGCUUCAGCCAGCGAGCCAUGUGCCGCGACUCGAUGACGGCGGCCGACGCAGGUGUCGAGACCGAUCGCAUCUUUGGACAGCUCAGGUCCUUCCGGGCAUCGCUCCCGGACACUCUGGUGCGUGCACGGCACAAGCGCCAGCGCCAAGCA